GGGACCAGGAGGUGAUGCGCUUCAUGGGCAACGACACGCACGAGCAGGACUUCAAGCUGAUCCUUCACGACACCUCGGGCUCGCUCCUGGUCGGCGGCAGAAAUGUGAUAUACAACCUGAGCGUGACGGAGCUGCAGGAACAGAGUCGGGUCGUGUGGCAUCCGAACACGGCACACAAGAAGUCAUGCAUGAUGAAGGGCGGCAACGAGGAGAGCUGCCAAAACUACGUGAGGAUCCUGACGGAGAAGACGCCCGGCCAGUACCUCAUCUGCGGCACCAACGCCUACAACCCCAUGUGUCGCGACUUUCGACUCAAUGCCGGGAGGCUGGAGCAAGAGAAGGAGUACCCGGGGCGUGGCUUGUGUCCCUUCGACCCGGCGCACAACAGCACGGCAGUCUAUGCAGAUGGACAGCUCUACGUGGCCACCAUCGCGGACUUCGCCGGGCUGGAGCCGCUGAUCUACCGCAACCCGCUGAGGACCGAGCAGUAUGACCUGGCAACCCUCAACUAUCCAAACUUCGUGAGUUCUUUUGCACUGGGAGAUUUUGUAUAUUUCUUCUUCCGGGAAAUUGCCGUGGAGUACCUCAACUGUGGCAAGACCCUCUACUCACGAGUGGCCAGAGUUUGCCGCCAUGACAAGGGUGGACCACACAAGUUCCGCAACAAGUGGACCUCCUACCUCAAGUCCAGACUCAACUGUUCUGUCUCAGGGGACUUUCCAUUCUACUUCAAUGAGAUUCAGGCCGUCACAGAUCCAGUGGAGGGGCGUUAUGGGGGUCAUGCCACAACCCUGGUGUAUGGCAUUUUCACAACACCGGAGAAUUCCAUCCCAGGGUCAGCCAUCUGCGCCUUCACUUUCCAGGACAUCAUGGACACUUUUGAAGGACCUUUCAAAGGACAAUCAUCAGUACAUGCCAACUGGUUACCUGUGCAAUCCACCAAGGUCCCUGAACCCAGACCGGGCCAGUGUGUGAAAGACUCCAGUACACUUCCAGAUGUCACUCUCAAUUUCAUCAAGUCCCAUUCCCUCAUGGACGAAGCAGUGCCGGCAUUCUUUGGUCAGCCUGUCAUGAUCAGCACCAGUUUUAGGUACAAUGGGCGAUUCACAGCCAUCACAGUAGAUCCCCAGGUGCACACUGCCACAAAGAAGGCAUACGAUGUCCUAUUUAUCGGAACAGAUGAUGGCAAAGUGAUCAAGGCUAUCAACACCAAGUCAGCAGACUCGUAUCAGGAGGUGGAACCAUUCAUCAUUGAAGAGAUCUCAGUAUUCCCGCCCCACAUUGCUGUCACAUUCCUGAAGGUGCUGAGGCCCAGAGGGAAGUCUCCCCGCCUCCUAGUUGGGUCACGCUCGAGGAUCUACACCGUUGCCUUGGCGCGCUGCUACAAAGACAAGAUCAUGUCGUGCAGUGAAUGUGUAGCCCUGCAAGAUCCCUACUGUUCUUGGUACAAGGACAUACACAAGUGCCAGCUAACCACUCAAGACAAGGAGUCAAUCCAGAAUGUGAGUGAAGGUGUACACAGCGACUGCGGCAAACCUGAAAAGAAGACCAAGGCUCCUUCCCGCUCUGCUUCAGUGGACAAAUGGGACACCACUGGCACACCUCCUCCUGACCAUGUCCACUCUAACCAAGAUCACAACUUGCCAAGCACAACCAGCGUCCCUCUUCAGUUCACUGCUGAGACCCUUGCUAUUGCCGUGGCAUCAGCAACCAUUGGUGCGCUAAUAUUAGGAUUCAUCACUGGGUUUUUCUGUGGCAAAAAAUGCAACAAAGACGAGGACAACCAGCUGUAUGCAGACACCGACUAUGAGUAUUUUGACCAAAGGCAAAACCCAAAUAGCCGCCUCACCAGUGAUCUGCCAGAAGAGGUGACGUAUGCUGAGCCAGUGCUGGUCCCUCAGCCCCUCAACAAACCUGUGAACCUGGUGUUGAAUAUGUCCCCUAAGGCCACCCUCAAGACCCCUGGCUCCAACACUCCUGGGGGAAACGUGGGGACUGUAGGAGCUCCCAUGGGACCCUCCCUUGGGCUUCCUACAACAGGAGUGUCAGCAGGCCCUCAUGACAUUCCCUUACACUACACUCCUGAGUCUUACUCUACUCAUGGCACCCUGCGCUCCUCUGAGAAGUACGGCACCCGGGGGCGUGACCACCGCCCAAGGGAUUAUGAUCACAGGCUGGUGGACGGUUAUUCUACCACUCGCUCUGUCAAGAAGGUGUACCUGUGAGGUGCCUGCUAUCCUGAAGUCCUGGCCCCGUCUCUUCUCUCAAAGGGCCCUCAUGUGUCCUACACAGGCCACUUGAGUCUUUGCCUUGACCUAGCUUAGCAUAUGCCAGAAGCGCACAGAAGGGCCGGCCAUCCGCACCCAGGCCAGUGGCACACGGUAGUGUUCCGCUAAUUCUGAGAGUGCCAUGCAGCAGGCUCAUCUGGCCCCUCUCGCCGCCAGUAUUAUGUAAAUACUGUACCACCUUAGUGCCAAGGGACACUUCUGCUCCUCCAGUAAAUCUCCUAUAAUCAAAGUAUUCUGUAGCUAGUGUUAUGUAAAUCAAACUUCUGGGUCAUGAGAGUGCUGGCAAUACUCCAUUAUGACUAGCAAGCAUGAGAAGACAUAGGGUGUAAGAAGUGACUUAGAUUAUCUUAGAAACAAUAUAAUGUUAAUAUUCUGGAGGUUGUAAGAAAAUAAGCACAUGACCUUUGAUAAAAUCUGUCACUGGACAGUAAAAUAGUGAAAGAAAUUUUAUAAGCCAGCAGAACACACUAAUGAUGAUAUUCUUGUUUACUGGAAACUUCUUUUAAGAAAGAUUUGACAGAACCAGAAAUAACCAGCAGCCCAAGGAGAUAAAUCACACAGCGUUGGCUGGGGCAGAACUGAAAGUGCACGUUAUUUAAGGUGUUGAAUAGAGUGCACCUGAAAGGCCUUUCUUUUGAUUUAUUUCUGUUUUUUUCCUCCUUAAGAUUAAGCCAAGUGUGAAUGAAUGAUUGUAAUUACCAAGGCAUUGUAUAGCUUCUUGGUUUUUACAGAAAAAAAAGCCACUAACCACAGAAUGUAUAUUGGCUUUUCUGAGAUGGGUCUCACUGACAAGAAAACUGAACCAAAGCACACUGUGGGAAUCUUCCUGCUGCAGCCAUUAAGGGAGUGCUAGGUCAUAGUGUCCCAUAGUGUGGUACUUUACAGUCUGACAGAUGUGAAUGUGCAACCCUUGCCCAGUGAUCUGGACACUACUGUCACACCUGUAUGUAUAAGAUGCCCUAGUGGGGAUCAGUGACUUCCCUGUUCUUGGCUAGUAUAUAUAUGUAUGAAUAUAUAUACUGACGUAUGGCCCGUUCAUAUUGCUAUAUUCUCAUAGACAAUUUUGCCUGGCAUUUCUUCUGUCUCAGACUUAGGAUCAUUUUUAUUUCGACUGAAUGAACUGUAAAUAGUGUAUUAAUUGUCUAAUGUAGAAGCAGUUAUAAGUAGAUGGCAGGAUCAAUGAUUUUUAAGCCUCUGAUACUUAUUCUUAAAAGCUGAUCCCGUCUGUAGCUUGGGUAUGACUUUGGUGUAAAACAUAAUACAGGUUCAUAAUUGAUGAUCUCACAAACAUGAACUUACAAGUCAUACUUCAACAAAUACCCAAUGUUGAUGAGGGAAGAAAAUGGGGAAGUUACAUUCCUAGGGAGAUGAAAUUUUCCUUAGUAUUAAAUAGUGUUAAUAUGCACACUCUAGUGCUAAAAACAUUCACAAUGAUUAUUCCACCUAAGUACAUGCAUAAAACCCCUUCAAUAAUUAUAGAAAGAAGAACAUUGUGUGGUCAAGCAUGUGGUGUCAACCGUGUGGCAGAGCUGUGGAGACGUGCAGGACCCAUCCUCUCUCACCCAACUGGUGGAACUACAUUGCCCUUCUGAAGCAUUUAUAUUUGUAACUCAGACAAUUUAUCAAGUGGCACAAAAGGGGCACAAAGCAGUGGUGCUUUUACAUAAUCUGAAUAUUAUCUUCUCAUUUAUCAAUGAGGGAAAGUAAUGAAUGAGUUAGUCGUGAUUUUUUUUCUGAGAAUGCAUUAGUCUAGGUAUAGGCACUUGGAAGUAGAUGAGAGGAGAAGGCUCGAAAAAGGAUAUACCUGUGCAAAAAGACACAAAGCAGCUUUUUAAGGCCAUUCUAAAGGGUGACUGGUAACACUGGUUUUCUCAAAGCCAGCUCCUUAGAUGAGAAUUAUCUCAAAGCUACAAAUGUAAUGACUUUCAUAUGCUGAUGUGUAAAGAGAUAUUAUUAUUGAGAUUGUGUUACAUUUAUUAUGAAAAUUAUUUUACUUGAGCUUGAAACAUGGACCAUUUAGUUCAUAGAUAAGUGUGGUCAGUGCAUAUUAUGUCCUCUUUAUAAGGUUAUAUGUAUCUGUUAUGAAAGUUGCAAUUUCUAGGAAGAGCCAAACAAAAUCAUAUAUGCUGAUUGACAAUUAUACUCUUCUAGGAGCCUUUUUGUGGUGGAGUCUUGAAGGGUAUUCCAUAAUUUAUGCAUACAGUGCGUUCAUUUUAGAUCAGACUGUUAAGGCUAGAGGUAUGGAAAUAUUGAGUAAAGAAGAUUUUUUAUAAAUCACAGUGGUAGAAGAGUUGGUGUACAGCAUAGCUUUGUGGUGACUGUAGUGUGGGUUUUGCUUGCGGCUGUAAGGGUGAGGCAGACCUGGUGUGCAGAGCUCUAGCAUAGAGCAGUCACAUCCUUUACACCAAAUUUCUCCCAUAAAAUAAUAAAAGAAAU